AUGAUACACCAACAAACUGCCUCUGCUGUAGUGAACGGGUCGCGAUUCAAACUUGCUUCCUCUAUAAUCACUUCCUCUUCCGCAACCGCCAAAUCCAGCUCCCCCAGCCUUCGAGCCUCAUCCGAGGAGACUGUCCCUCGCCGAUACAACCAAACCAUGGCUGCUCCUGCCGCACCGGCGCGUCCCGAUGCGCGAACUCGUCCUGCUGGCACUUAUUUCCCCUUGGGUUACAAAGAUGCCGUGUACCAAUGGUGGUGUAGCGUAACACCCCAGAUGGCCGAGCGAAAUGUUCUCUCCCACAUCCCCUACCUGAAAGAAGCCCGCGAGAACGCCGCCUCUCUCGACACCGACAAACACGACCCUUUCGGAACCCGCGUGUGGAAGUCGCAGAUGGUCGAACUGUCUGGCAAGAACCGCGCCCUGAAUGAGUACUCCGUUGAGCGAGUUGGCGAGAAUGUUGACAACACCCUUGUUGUCCUCCACGGCUACGGCGCCGGCCUUGGCUUCUUCUACAAGAACUUUGAGCCCCUCUCCCGCCGAAAGGGCUGGAAACUCUACGCCCUCGACAUGCUCGGAAUGGGUAACUCGACGCGCCCUCCUUUCAAGGUCCACGCCAAGGAGCAGGAGGCUAAAACCGCCGAGGCUGAGGCCUGGUUCAUUGAUGCCCUCGAGGAGUGGCGCAAGAAGCGCAACAUUGAUAAAUUUACUCUGAUCGGUCAUUCCCUCGGCGGGUACCUCUCCGUCGCUUACGCGCUCAAGUAUCCCGGACACAUCAAGAAGCUUAUCUUGGCUUCACCGGUCGGCAUCCCCGAGGACCCCUACGCCGUCAACGCGGAAAUGCCCGAGCCCGAAGAAUCAACCUUCCAAAACGAAUUCACUCAAGACCAAAACACCGUAACGGCCGACGACCACAACUCAAUGACCUCCCGCGCCAAGAACAACGCCCCCACAAACUCCAAUAACGCCCCGAAACGUCCUCUCCCUGGCUGGCUCGUCUGGCUCUGGGACGCCAACGUUUCGCCCUUCAGCAUCGUCCGCUUCACCGGUCCUCUCGGCCCGCGUUUCGUCUCUGGCUGGACUUCCCGCCGCUUCAACCAUCUUCCCGACGCCGAGUCGAGCUCUCUGCACGACUAUGCUUUCUCCAUCUUCCGCCAGCGCGGCAGCGGCGAGUACGCCUUGCCCUACAUCCUCGCCCCGGGUGCUUUCGCUCGUAGCCCCAUUAUCAAGAGGAUAGCUGGUGUUGGCCGACAAACCAUCGAGAAGAACGGCGAGAAGAUUAAAGAGACCGGCAUUCCCGUAGUCAUGAUGUACGGCGAGAACGACUGGAUGGAUGUCGCCGGCGGCCUGGCCGCAGAGGAGAAGCUGAAGGAGGCGAGGUUGCAGGCACUGCUUCACGGCACGGACGAGGAAAAGAGACGAGAGAACGGCUCUGCCAAGGUGAAGAUCAUCUCCAAGGCAGGCCACCACCUCUACCUCGACAACAGCCAGGAGUUCAACGACUUCAUCCUAAAAGAGCUAGAAGACGUGGAGAAGAGCAAGCUAUAG